AUGCCCAUCUACCAAGCCGACCUCGACCACGACCGGCCAGAGCCCGCCGCCCCAGUCGACUUCGAGCCGUCCCCCUCGCCCACGCUCGACCGCCUCUCCAGCGACAGUCUUCCUGCCGACUUGUGCGAGGGCCCUGUCCCCGACACUCCCAGGCGGGCAGACGACGAGAGCGCCACCUCGAACCGGUCCGAGCUCAUCGAGAGACUUAAGAGAGGCGAGAGCCCAACCUGGAUCCCGAAUCGCCACCUCGAGUCCAUUCUACAACAUGGCAACUCUGCCGACGUCGGUAAAACGCCUCGCUCGCCCUCCAAGUCCCCCAGACUCCUCCCCCCGGCCCAGAUCACGCCCGAAAAGAGCGCCCAAGCCCAAGGGGCCGCCGACGAGCAGUUGCGCGACGGACUCGCCAUCGAGCGGCCGCGAUCGGCACUGCACACGGGAGACUUUACCCAUGACAACAGGUGUUCGUCCAGUCAGCCCAGCAGUCACACCAUCGUGGCCGAGGUCGAGCAUCGCAUAGCCACCCAGAGCCCGUGGAUCACGACAUCUCCUCCCCGCGACUUUACCCCCUUCCACUACGACAGACGGGGGACCCUGCCGCCGGAUGGCACCCCGAGCUUCAGGUCCGCCGCGUCCCCGCUGUCGUCGUCCGUCUCCUCCAGCUUCGCCUAUCAGCCACCCACCAGCCCUCUGGUCCAGUCCGAGAGCAACGACGAGCUCGACUUUUCCAUACUGCCUGGUAGCCUCGAUAUAUCUCUGGCCCAGAAAGCCGCCAGGGGCCAUGGCCUCGUCUCGUCGCACCAUUCGUCCCCGUUCAUGGCGGCUCCGGCUUGGUCUCAACUGCAGCGCCGGGAUGGAUCAACACCCUAUCAAGCGCACCAGCCGCGCAGGUCUUUGACCUCGACCCCGAGCUUUCUGCUGCAUGGCGCCUCGCCGCAGACCCCUGCCAUACCGCGCUCGAGGCGGCCGUCCCUGGGCUCGGAUGCGUCCCCUAUCCAGCACGCCUCCAUGGUCGGAUCGUACGAGGAGAGCAUACUACGCGGCCGCAUGUCCACCACGCCCUCGAAGCCGUUUGACUUUCUCGCCCAGAUCGGCGUACUGGGCAAGGGUAAGUGCAGGUCCAGCUUGCGUUGUCCUGCCCACGUCACACUACCGUUCCCUGCCGUCUAUUACAGCUACGGCAGCACGCCCCACGGAAGGUCUCGCUCCGACGACGGACCAAGCCCUUACGUGGGACAGAUUGACCUUGAAAACGGUUUGCCGAACCCGGACGAGGAGUCGCGAUCUAAGAGGAAGGCUCAGAGCCGCUACCCGGACCGGCGGUCGGCGGAGAGCGGUCCAGAUAGAAUGACUGGCUCCGAGCCCGACCCGGAGCGCCGCCGAGCAGCCCGGUCCAAGCGCCGGUCUGGGUCCCCCAAGGCCCCCCCGGGGGGCAGCUACCGGAUCCCAGAGAAGGGACAGGUCCAGAUCGUUAUCAAGAACCAGAAUAAGACGGCCGUCAAGCUGUUCCUGGUGCCCUAUGACCUGACCGGCAUGGAGCCUGGUACCAAGACCUUUAUCCGGCAGCGCAGCUACUCGGCGGGCCCCAUCAUCGACCACAUUCCCAACCUCAGCGAGGGGGACAGCAUGAGCCGGCCCAUGUUGAGAUACCUGGUCCAUCUGCACAUAUGCUGCCCCACCAAGGGCCGCUUCUACCUGUACAAGAGCAUCCGCGUCGUCUUCGCGAACCGGGUCCCCGAGGGCAAGGAGAAGCUCCGCAACGAGACGACGUGCCCGGAGCCCCGGUUCACGCCCUACAAGCCGAUCCGCGUCAUGCACCCGCCCGCCUCGGCGUCGGGCGGGCCGGGCGCCAUGCUGGCGGCCGACAAGGCGCUGCGGCGGCGGAGCCUGGGCGUGUCGUUUGGCGCCUCGUCGCGCAGGGUCUUUGACAUGGUCGAUGGCCUCGAGGCCGGUGGCGGCGGCGGCGGCAACACGCUGCCCGUCGACCCCGUGCCCUUUCGCCUGCCCCUCCCCCCCCUGCGCGACCGUGGCGACAGCGAUGUGAGCGAGUCGACGAGUGCCACAGGCGCUGCCGGCGUGCGGUCCCCGGGCUCGUCGCAGGCCAGCCGCCCGUCGGCCAUGGACAGGGACGUGGCGGCCGCCGGCCUGGGGCCCUGGGGCGCUGCCCAGUACGAGAAGCUGAGCAAGGGCGACCUUGGCUACGGCGGCCUUGCGGGCGGCGGCGGCGUUCCCGGCGGUGCUGCGGCCGAGGGCCUGCUCUCGCAGCGGCUGCGAUCGCUCGGCGUCAAGCCCCACGGUGCGAGAGACGACUGA